AUGUCCUCCGCCGCUCCAGAGACCCAGCCCGAGCAGGCGCCCACGGCGCCCAACUCACAGGAGACACCCGCUCCUGGGGCCGCUGCUCCCGGUGCUGCUGCCGCUCCCGCAGCUCCUGGCGACCCAAGUGUCCCGGAGGCUGUCGCGCCCAUCCCUGAACCCAGAGCCAUUACGCGCAAGGACAUGUCCCUCCGUGAAUUCUUGACCAAGAUGGAUGAUUACGCUCCAAUUAUCCCCGACGCAGUCACAAACUACUACAUGACCAAAGCCGGCCUCCCUCCUCCUCCCCAAACCGACCCCCGUCUCGCGCGCCUUCUCGCUCUCGCGACGCAGAAGUUCAUUGCCGACAUCGCCGCCGAUGCCUACCAGUACAGUCGCAUCCGCGCCUCCAACUCUACCGCUAAUAACCCGAUGGGCAACCUCGGCGCCGCCGCCGGCUUCCCCAUCCCUGGCCAGCCGACGGGCCCUACUGGCACAAAAGACCAGGGCCGUGGCGGCCCCUUGGGUAUCCAACGACCUGGUUAUGGAGGUGGUGGCCAAGGAGGAAGCCAGAACCGCACGGUACUAACGAUGGAGGACCUCGGCAUGGCGGUUGGCGAGUACGGCGUCAACGUCAAGCGGAGCGAGUUCUACCGGUGA